AUGGAGUCUGAGCAAACCCAGGACGCCAUCGCUAGGUUGGGGAGAACCAAGGAGUGGCUUCAACUUGCUGAAGGUAUGUCAGUGGCUAAGAAUACGAUGGCAGGCUUCGAAAAAUACGUGGAACUCAUUCUGUCUACAGGCAAUUUCUCAAAGCAGUUCAAAGAGAGCCAGCAAAUCAUCAUCAAUGCCUAUAGCACGAGGCUUAGGACUUGCUACGGGGAACUGAGCGUGAUUCAGAAAUCUCUAAUUGAACAGCACUGGUUCUCAUCAACAAUGGCCGCCGCGCUAGCCGACCGGCACCUGCUUACGAUUAAGGACUUAGGUAAGACAUUGGGCGAGUACCAUGUAUUCUACAAGCUGAACUAUACCCUUGCCAGGAGGCACUGA